AUGGAUGAAAAACUCAAAGAAAUGGUGGAUGCAAGCACAUUUGCAGAGAAAGAGCUGAAGGCGAUACUUGGAGAAAUAAAUCUGCAGAAUGAGAGGCUUGUGGACAUCCAGCGCAAGAUUGGGCUCACCAGAGGCCAUCUUCAGAAAAACUCGAAGCUUAUUGGAGAAAUACUUAAAGUCACAAAGCCAAAGCUAGCCAUUGGAAUAAUAAUUCUUUCUAUAAUGUUUAUAUUUCUGGUUUAUGUCAAGCUAAUAUUCCCAAAUUAA